CCCACAUCAUCGCUUCUCUGCUUCCCCGUUCAAGACCAAUUCAGCGUUUGUCACAAUAUCCAGAGGAAAGAAGUAGUACACCAUGGCUGCUGUUAAUCAAGUGUUCAUUGCCAUCAUCGGCGCCGGAGGGGUAGGGAAAUGUUUCCUGUCCCAACUGCAAGUCCUCGCAAAACGACGUCCCAGCCCUAAGCUGGCCCUCUGCUACAUCUGCACCAGCAAGAAGGCGCUCUACAGCAGCGACUACUCCGCCCUCGGUUUCGAAGAUGCCCUCCAGACCCUGUCGUCCUCCAGCCAGGCACCCCUGGACCUUCCCAAGCUGGCAGACUACCUCGCGGCAGCGCCAUCAAAGGUUGUUCUAGUGGACAACACCAGUUCCGAGGAAGUCGCCGAAGCGUAUCCGCUUUUCCUCGGCCGUGGCGUGAGCAUCGUCACGCCAAAUAAGAAGGCAUUCUCGGGGUCCUACAAGCUGUGGCAGGACAUCUUCGAGGCAUCCGCAAGCUCGGGCGCAAAGGUGUACCACGAGUCGUCGGUCGGUGCGGGCUUGCCUGUUAUCUCUACUUUGAAGGACCUGGUGGACACUGGCGACGAGGUGACCAAGAUUGAGGGUGUCUUCAGUGGGACCAUGUCGUUCCUCUUCAACUCUUUCGCCCCAACAACAGGGUCGGGUGGCAAGUGGUCUACCGAGGUCAAGAAGGCGAAGGAGUUGGGAUAUACCGAGCCAGACCCUCGGGACGACCUGAACGGCCUGGACGUCGCCAGAAAGCUCACUAUCCUCGCGAGGUUGGCCGGCCUGCCGGUCGAAUCGCCCACGUCCUUCCCGGUCGAAAGUCUUAUCCCCAACGCGCUCGAGUCUGUUGCAAGCGGUGACGAAUUCCUGCGAAAGCUGCCUGAUUUCGACUCCGAGAUGGAGAGGACCAAAACGGCUGCCGAGAAAGAAGGGAAAGUGGUAAGAUUUGUUGGUAGCAUUGAUGUGGCCACAAAACAAGUCAAGGUCGGGCUGGAGAAGUUUGAUUUGUCCCAUCCCAUCGCGGCGCUCAAGGGGAGCGACAAUAUCAUCAGCUUCUACACGAAGCGGUAUGGAAGCAACCCGCUCAUAAUCCAGGGCGCUGGUGCUGGGGGUGAGGUGACGGCCAUGGGCGUGACGAGCGAUCUUAUCAAGGUCCUGUCACAGAUAUCGUAAAUAGAAUAAGCCCGUUGGGGCUGCUCUAAGGGUCAAAAAUUCAUGUCUUUGCCGUCUCCG